GAAGACUAUAACAUGGAAAUUAUCAAUUAAUCAAGCAAUGCAACUUUUACCUUUUGUUUAGAAGAAGAUGCAGAGGAGUCUCUUGAUGUCUUAUCUUUGUUGUAAUCUCUUGAACGAGMCCUAGAACGGCUUCUUCUUCUUUUUCUUCUUUCGUCCGCCAUAUUGAUUUUUGCAUACACAGGGAAGCCGUCAAUAUCGAUGGGUUCCCUGUGUGAUAACUUCCAAUCCAAGAUGGCUGCCCUGAUUCCACGUGUAGGCAGAAAAACGUCGAUUUGGAAGCAUUUGAUGUCUUCAGCAUCGAAACGGUCCAUCAGUGUCAGAAGUUCACCUCGUCGUUUGCAAACUGUCGUAGAUUACAGACAUCAUUCUCAAAGGAGUUGUACUCCAAUUCUGUAUKCAAGAUUUUUAAAAAGAAGCAGUCUUGUUUUAGGAGCGAGGCAUUAUUCACAGGAAACUGGAGGUGAAAAUCUUGAUGAAAUGAUUGGAAACACUACAACAGCAGAAAAUCCAUUUCUAACAGAUCCCCAAACAGCCAUGGAUUCAAUAUCAACUGCCGGCGACAUACUGAAAGAUACUGCACACACCCUGAAUUCUCUUGGAGAGCCUACUCUAACAAGUCUGGGUCUGGGGGGUUCCUCACCCAUUGGAUGUAUUCAACAAAUAGUGGAGUUAAUCCACACAUCGUGCAACUUACCCUGGGUGUGGUCAAUUGUUGCGGCAACUGUUGGAUUUCGAUUGUUAAUGUUACCAUUGAUAGUKAAAGCCCAAGCCAAUGGYGCUAGACUCAAUAAUAUUAGACCGCAGUUGGAAGAGGUUCAAAAUCAAUUAAGAGAGCUAAUGAACACGAAUGAUUCAAUUGGAAAAGCUACAGCAACACAGAAAUUAAAACAGUUGUACAAAGAUAAUAAUUGUCAUCCGAUGAGGAGUAUUUUAGCACCUCUUGUACAAAUGCCCUUGUUCAUCUCAUUCUUCGUUGGUCUUCGGCGGAUGGCAAAUCUACCAGUGGAAUCCUUCCAGUCAGGUGGCUUAUUGUGGUUUACUGACCUCACUGCAGCUGACCCUUAUUUUGUCCUACCAGUUCUGUGCAGUUUUACAAUGUUAGCUACAAUAGAGCGUGGAAGUGAGGCAGGCAUACAAAAUCCACAGAUGCAAAAUAUGAAAAGUGUCAUGCGAAUCAUGAGUGUUGUCAUGAUUCCACUGACUGCAUAUUUUCCAACGGCAAUAUUUACUUACUGGAUUACCUCCAAUCUUUUCUCWUUGGGACAAAUUUCCAUAUUGAAUCUCAAAUCAGUGCGACARUACUUUGAUAUUCCUGACAUGAAAGUCCACGAGAAUCAAACUCCACAGGGAGGCUUCUUUGAAAACAUGAAAGCGGGCUACAAGAACGCUCAAGAAAGCGCUUACGUCAAACACCACGAAAAAAUGAAGCGACAAAGAGCCAAAGCUUUAGGGACUGCUCCMCUUGAACCRACWUACGAGCACAACCCUCGCAUCAAACACAAUCAGCAAGUAUUCUCUGCUGSUGACAAAACUGGCAAAAAAGACAAAUUGAAAAACAAACCUGGUCCUACGAUGUGAUAACGAUAAGGAGUGGARCAGAGGAAAGAAAUAUUUCAUUGCGACAUUACACACAAGAUUUGGUAAGAGUGAUAUGGAAGGCAUAUUACUGGUAACGUAUGACGCUGUAAAAAAUUUCGCCUGGUCUUUGUAGGUGUGUGGGGUUGAUAGCACCCGAACUUGUAAAUAUGCCAGAUUUUAACGUGGAAACUUUUAUACUAAAACCACGAAACGAAGAAUACCAAACUUUGCCUUUUUAAUUAUUCAGCGAACAUAAAAUUAUUGGAAAUCAAGGGCGCAGGAUGCCAAUUUAUAGAAUUAAAAACAUGUCAGUCGUAAAUAUUUAUUGCGAUUUUCUGAAGAUUUUAAUUUAGAAUACAGCGGCAAAUUUUGUUUAAUUUUUUUCCCGCUUAUUUUGAGAAUUUUGUAAGUUUUGCAAGUAAGUUUUGCAUAUAUGAGCAACAAUUAUUAACAAUGAUUAUCAUAAAAAAUAAGCUUUAUUCUGAACUGUUUA